AAAUAAGCUGAUACAUACUCGGAAGUGAAUAGCGUAUAGUCAAGACUCAACAAGAGCUUUCGGCUGAGCAGAACAGAGCAAGUAGAAUCCUUUGUUCUCUCUCCGGCCGGCGAUCGGAAAAGAAAAAAGGAAAUUCAAUAAUGGGUGCAGCUUUCGUGGUUGGCGUCUUUGGUGUUCUAAUUCUCGCCCAUGCCACUUAUUCAACGAUCCAAUAUCGAGAGUUGUUGAAGAUUAUGGAGGAAGAAUUUUCAGGACCUCCAAUCAAUGUCUUAUUUGAAUUGCUUCUAGGGUUUGUCUUGUGUUUAUGGGCAGCGCUUGCUGUGCCUGGGAAGUUCCUCUCAAUACUCCCCCAUUCUGAAGAAAAUAGGAUAGUUUCUCUACCAGAAAAUUUCGACUUUAUGAUCUUCAACCACCGUGGCAAAGCGUUUCCUAUGGUAACAGAUAUGAAGUUGAACCAUUGAGUUGAUUUAAAGAAUAUCUUCCUGGGGGUGGAAGCAUGACAGAAAUUAGGUUUAUUCAGCAAGUCAUUAAUGUUGUGUUCUGUCAUCUUGUUUGAGUAAUUUUUGGGUUAACUAUGUUUUCAACUCUAUCUGGUGUUUUUUUGUUUGUAAUUCAACUUAAAUUUUGUUGGGGAACUGGUAAAACUACGAAUGGAUACCUACAUUAAUUUGAGCAUAGCGCUAUGAAAGUAGAAAACUCUUCAUGUAUUACCA